CAGUACCAUUGAUGCUUGUGCGAGUGCACGAUCGUGACCGCGUAGAGGCGUUUCCGAGGGCACGCCGCUAGCUAGUUUUGAAGAGUUCUGAAAGCUGGUUUUCAACCAGACAAACGCUUAAGGAUAGCUACAUACAUUAUCUUGGAAAAACCUAAGAAUCACCUCACAUUUGUAUAUAGCAAGCUACAUUAUUAGGACAGGUCAUUUAAAGAGGUACACGUUGAGGUGGAAACUUCAAGAACAAACCGAUAAAUGUGUCCGCGGAUAUCUUUCCGACUUAGUUCCAUGGAAUAGUGCCAAGACAUUGGACAUUGUGCGUUAACGUUAGCUGGCUGGCUAACUUUAGCUGAUGUUUUUUUAACCAACGCUGCUUAAAAAGAAGGGUGAUGAGGGACCGGUUGGCCGACCUGACAGCCAACAGCAAAUAUGAGGAGGAAGAAGUCAACAUCACUGUUGAUAAAGGUGCAUUUAUGGAAGAUUUCUUCAGACGGGUGGAGGAGAUCAGGGGACUUAUUGAUAAGAUCUGGUCUGAAGUGGAGGAAGUGAAGAAGAAACACAGCAUGAUCCUGUCGGCACCCAAUCCUGAUGAGAAGACAAAAGAGGAACUUGAACAGCUGACCAACGAAAUUAAGAAGAAUGCCAACACUGUGCGGACCAAGUUAAAAACCAUGCAACAGAACCUCCCGUCGGACGAGAACGCUAACAGGGCUUCUGUGGAUAUCCGCAUUCAGAAAACCCAGCACACUGUACUCUCCCGGAAGUUUGUGGAGGUCAUGACUCAGUACAACGAGACCCAAGUGUCCUUUCGGGAAAGAAGUAAAGGAAGGAUUCAGAGACAGCUGGAGAUCACUGGAAGAGUCACAACAGAUGUUGAGCUGGAGGACAUGCUGGAGAGUGGGAACCCUGCCAUUUUCACAUCUGACAUAAUCUCGGACUCCCAGAUCACCCGGCAGGCCCUGAACGAGAUCGAGUCGCGGCACAAGGACAUCAUCCGUCUGGAGUCCAGCAUCAAGGAGCUCCACGACAUGUUCGUGGAUAUGGCCAUGCUGGUGGAGACCCAGGGAGAGAUGGUCAACAACAUAGAGAAAAACGUGACCAAUUCCGUGGAGUAUAUCGGCCAUGCCAAAGAGGAGACCAAAAAAGCUGUGCGAUAUCAGAAGAAGGCACGGAGGAAAUAUUUAAUUAUUGCCAUGGCUGUGUUGGUCCUGCUUGCUGUAAUUGCACUAAUCGUGGGCCUGUCUGUGGGCCUGAAUAAGUCUCCACAGUAAGGCCCUCCCACCUGCUGCUCUAGAAAACUCUUUACAUCGCUAUUUGUGUGGCAGUGUGUGUCAUCAUUUUAGCCAUCGUCAUCGGCACCACAGUGUCUUAGUGCGGACCACAUCCCAUCGGCGAAGGAGGAAAUGGUGAGGUGGAAUGUACAUGCCCAGGAUGAAAAUAAAGCCGCUUGCACUCCCCAGAGCAAACUUAACUUUGCAGGUUUUUAUAAAAUAGAUGAGUCGGGUAGGAUGUGUUGCUCCUUGGUGGUACCUUAUUGUCUAGCCUUUGGUGUGUUUGAAUCUUCUGACUUGGCUUUUCCCCUGAUCCACACUCAUGAAGAAGGUGCCACCAUUUGUGCUUCACAGUCUCACCAUAAGAGGCCUUGCCAGCUUUGUAUCGCACCGAGAGUCACUCCAAAUUUGAGAAAUUGUAUAUUAAAAGCUUUUUGUUUUGUUUUGCAUAGAAAAUCUCCAAUAUUUCAGUGUUGUGCUGUUACAGGAUGCUCAUUAGUCUAGCGCUUAAGCUUAAACAAACAACCUCUGCUCUGUCUCUCUCUCUUGCACAUACACGCACACGCACACACACACACACACUCCAAUGCUGCUCUCCAUUAUGAAUAGACUCCUGAGAACUGUGUUAGUUUUUAUUUUAUCCUUUGUGUCCUGACUGCGGUUCCCUUCAUGUCAGUUGUAUCACCUGAAAGUGUCCUUUGAAAUGCCAUUUUGUAGAAACGCGGGGAGACACACAGGCCCGUUCAGGGAGUCUCUGCCUUGAUGUACUGUAUAGGCCAGCUCUCCAAUGGCCCAUUUUAAUGAAUGUGUCUCAGCUCCAGCACUGGCUGUCAACCCUUCACCAAUUUUGGCCUCUUUACUAACGUCAGUGUAUAAGACUUAAAAUCAUUCCGAGAUGUAUGUUGUAUUGUUUUAUAGCCUUAUAGUCUUUUUUUUAGGUAGUGUGUAUGACCAGUUUUUGCACAAUAGAAACUUUUUUUAAAUAAAGUUUUUUUUUUUAGUUCCAUCAACAACUGUGAUAAUGAGCAGAAUGUGCCUGAGAGUUGACUGAGUAAUAGAGUGCACAAUUACCUUUUCAAAUAAGAGUCCUUUACUUCAAGUUAUAGUGGAAUCUUGGGAGGGAUUUUAAUACAAGUCUUGCACAUGCAUUAAUUCUUCUUUAUUAAUACUUCAUUAAUAUUUUAUUCCAAAGGAAAUAUUUCUGUAUACCUCAAGUAUAACUGUUGAAGUGUAUAAUAGUAAUAAUAUAAUAAUACAGAUUUUAUUUGGACUGUCAAAAAUGCAGUCUCCAAAUACAAUAAAUAAUAUAAAACUUAAAGAAUAAUAAAUCUAAUGAAAAAAUAUUUUACAAGAUGCAUUCUAUAUUUAACAGUGAUGCUGCAGAUGUUGGCUAUAAUGGUUAAGACUGAAAGUCGUACUUGGUAUAUGUGGAUUUUGCUACUGUCCAUACACUUUGUGCUGUACGUACACGUCUUGCUGUGUGACACGGAACUUAUAUAUUCAUGGUUUAUUAUUUUAUUCUCAAAGUGAUUGUAUAGAGCAAGAUGAAUGUCUUUAGAUUGAAGUAUAUAAGCUUGAAGAGUACACCCCAUUACGGUUUUUAAUUGGGAUCUUAAAACUCUGCCAAAGAUGAAGUCACAUCUCUUAGCCAUUGUGAAUCCAGUUGUUUGGUUUUUCAUUUAUUGUGACAUACCCUCUGGGCACAGGCCCAGUAUCCUGUUGUGUUUAUGAUGUGAUUACACUGACUGAAUUUAGCCCAAAUAAACAAACCGGUAAAAGGA